GACGAGGAGGAGGAGGUUAGCCGAGGCAGCUACAGCGGCGGAGGCGCAGGGGCUGGUACGCGCUGGGCGGCGAGAGCCUCAUGGCGGAGGAAGAGAGCGACCAAGAGGCCGAACGCCUCGGAGAAGAGCUCGUGGCCAUUGUGGAGUCCCCGCCAGGCCCUCCCGGGCUUAGAGCUGCGGGCGAAGGCAGAGGCGGCGCUGGCGGCGGCAGCUGCCGUGGCGGCGGCGUCGGGAUCAGCAGUCGGGAUUACUGCCGACGCUUCUGUCAGGUGGUUGAAGAUUAUGCUGGAAGAUGGCAGGUCCCUUUGCCACAGCUUCAGGUUCUUCAGACUGCACUUUGCUGUUUUACAUCAGCCAGUGCAUCAUUCCCAGAUGAAUGUGAGCACGUACAAUAUGUUUUGAGUAGCCUUGCUUUGAGUUUCUUUGAGUUGCUGCUGUUCUUUGGAAGAGAUGAGUUUUAUGAAGAGCCCUUAAAGGAUAUUCUUGGAUCAUUCCAGGAAUGCCAGAAUCACCUCCGCAGAUAUGGAAAUGUGAAUCUGGAACUGGUGACUCGAAUCAUUAGAGAUGGUGGCCCAUGGGAAGAUCCAGUGUUGCAAGCUGUUCUAAAAGCCCAGCCAGCAUCUCAGGAGAUAGUGAACAAAUAUUUAAGUUCUGAAAAUCCACUAUUCUUUGAACUACGUGCCAGAUACCUAAUUGCUUGUGAACGCAUACCUGAAGCAAUGGCUCUUAUUAAAUGUUGUAUAAAUCACCCAGAAAUCAGUAAAGACUUGUACUUCCAUCAAGCACUCUUCACAUGUCUGUUUAUGUCACCUGUAGAAGAUCACCUAUUCCGGGAGCAUUUACUGAAAACUGAUUGUAAGAGUGGAAUUGAUAUCAUCUGUAACACUGAAAAAGAAGGCAAGACUAUGUUAGCCUUGCAACUCUGUGAAUCCUUUCUUAUUCCACAGCUCCAGAAUGGGGAUAUGUACUGUAUCUGGGAGUUGAUUUUCAUAUGGAGUAAACUUCAGCUAAAGUCUAAUCCUUCAAAACAAGUUUUUGUAGAUCAAUGCUACCAGCUUUUAAGAACAGCAACUAAUGUGAGAGUCAUAUUUCCUUUCAUGAAAAUCAUUAAAGAUGAGGUUGAAGAAGAAGGCUUACAAAUUUGUGUUGAAAUAUGUGGUUGUGCUCUACAGCUAGACCUUCAUGAUGAUCCCAAAACUAAAUGUCUAAUUUAUAAAACAAUUGCACAUUUUUUGCCAAAUGAUUUGGAGAUUCUCAGGAUUUGUGCACUCUCAAUAUUUUUUCUUGAGCGCUCCUUGGAAGCUUAUCAUACUGUUGAAGAGCUCUACAAACGUCCAGAUGAAGAAUAUAAUGAAGGCACAAGUAGUGUUCAAAAUCGUGUUCGUUUUGAAUUACUUCCAAUUUUGAAAAAGGGAUUGUUUUUUGAUCCUGAAUUCUGGAACUUCAUAAUGAUUAAGAAAAACUGUGUAGCAUUACUGAGUGAUAAAUCAGCAGUUAGAUUUCUAAAUGAAAGUACACUGGAAAAUUCUACAGGUAAUGUAAAAAAGGCAGUGGAACAGCAAGGUUUAGAUGAAGGACUUGACUCUCUUACAGAUCAGAGCACUGGAGAGCUUGAUCCUGAUGAUAUAUCUGGAGUGCAACCAAAAGGUCAUAUUAAUGCAAAGAAAAACCUCACAGCUCUUAAUGCUUCCAAAGUAGAUCACAAUGUCCCAAGGCAUCGGUGUAUGUUAUGUAACAAGGAAUUUCUAGGUGGUCACAUUGUGAGGCAUGCCCAGGCUCAUCAGAAAAAGGGCAGUUUUUCAUGUGUGAUAUGUGGUAGAAAAUUUAGAAACAGAGGACUUAUGCAGAAGCAUUUAAAGAAUCAUGUUAAGAAAAUACAGAGACAGCAACUUGCUGCAGCUCAACAGGAGGAUCAGGAAAAUCCUGCUUUGGAAGAAAUAAAUUGUUCUGAUACUUUCAUUUCAUUUGAAAAUGGGAAGUCUGAUAACAAGGAUUUGGAAGUAGAGACUAUUACCGGUUCCAGUGAUGGAAACAAAGAUGUCAUCCCUUCACAUGUGGGUGAAUUCAUUGAAAUUCCCGGAAGUGUAUCGGAAGAUGUUAUUGAAAAUAUUACUGAAAAUGGCAAUCCUGAUACUUCUUUAAAUAAUGUCUCAGAGCCAUUACCUGUAUGUGUGGAUGACUAUGAGGAGGAAGAAGACGAAGAAGGUGAUUAUGAAGAAGAUGAUUACGACCUGAAUCAGGAAACUUCAGUACUUCAUAAAAUCAAUGGAACCGUGUGCCAUCCAAAAGACAUAUAUGCGACAGAUCAAGAAGGAAACUUUAAGUGCCCUGCUCUUGGCUGUGUCAGGAUAUUUAAAAGAAUUGGAUUUCUAAAUAAGCAUGCAAGGACUGUACAUCCAACUGAUUUAAAUGUGCGGCAAACAGUAAUGAAGUGGAGCAAAGGAAAAUGCAAAUUUUGUCAAAGGCAAUUUGAAGAUUCUCAACAUUUUAUAGAUCACCUUAAUAGACACAGCUAUCCAAAUGUGUACUUUUGUUUGCAUUUUAAUUGCAAUGAGUCAUUUAAGCUGCCAGUCCAACUUGCUCAGCACACAAAAAGUCACAGGAUAUUUCAAGCUCAGUGUAGUUUUCCAGAAUGCCAUGAGCUUUUUGAAGAUCUUCCUCUGCUAUAUGAACAUGAAGCUCAGCACUAUUUAAGUAAAACACCAGAAUCAUCUGCACAACCAAGUGAAGCAAUUCUUUGGGAUGUUCUUACAGACUCAAAAUCUAAUCAUCAGGAAAAAGACUCAUCUAGUAAUGAGAAACAAACUGUUAGUCUACCAGUUUCUACUAGCAAAUCAAGGAAAGAUCCUACAGAACCAAAGACAUGUAUAGAAAGUAUGGAAAAGAAAACAGACCGUUUAGUUCAGAAUGGAAAUGAACAUUCUGAUCACACUGUUUCUGAUAUAAGCUUGACAGACCAAAAGAUGCCUGACAUAGAGCCAAAUUCUGAAAAUAAUUGUAGUAUUAGUGAUUUAGUCAAUGGACACAGUGGAAUAGAGCAAACACCUUUAGUUUCCUCAGAUCCUGCUUUGAAAAUUGAUACAAAUAGAAUCAGGACAGAAAACGGUUCCAUUUUACCUAGUGUUGUACCACAAGAACACAGUACCCUGCCAGUACCUCAGGCACCUUCCAAACCAAAUCAGACGAGUGAACAUACUUCAUAUGGCUUAAUUUUAACAAAGCCAUAUGUCAGACCAUUGCCUCCCAGUUACCUUGAUGAACGGUACCUUAGUAUGCCAAAACGCAGAAAAUUUCUGACUGAUAGGGUAGAUGCCUGUUCUGAUCAAGAUAACGUUUGUAAAAAAUCAGUGAAAAGAUUAAGAUGUGGCAAAUGCCUGACCACCUACUGUAAUGCAGAAGCACUUGAGGCUCACCUUGCACAAAAGAAAUGUCAGACACUCUUUGGAUUUGAUUCAGAUGAUGAAAGUAAGUCUUCUAUCUUCUCAGCAGGUAUAUCUGUAGAAAUAGAAAAUGCCAUAGAUCUUUGUAAGGUUAAAAAAAUUAACAUUUAUAUAACACAGGUAAUAAAGCACUACCCCAUACAUUAUUUCCUUUAAUCCAUACAACCACCAUGAGAUGCUAUCACUAUUCCUGUUUUAUAGAUCAAGCAACUGACAUUCACAAGUAAUUUGCAUAGGCAUACACCUGUGAACUUGUGGAAGCCAGAACUUGAACACAGUUUUUUUAUACUUUUGGAUCAUACUCUUUAACUGUAUCUGAGGCUUUUCUUCAUUCCAAGUUUUAUGUAAUAAGAGAUCUAAAAACAAAGUAAUUAUGAUGGAAAUGUUUUUCAUCUGCAUGCCAGAAAUGUAAACCAAGUUGAGCCUCUAUUACAAAAACAAAAAUAAGAAAGAACCAGAAAAUAAUUGAAAACUAAAACUGAGCAAAAGAAGAGCUUGCCUUUCUACUAAUAUUAAUAUUCUUUAAAUGAGUAAGGGUAUAAAUAAACAGGAAAUCUAACUUAGAAUACUAGAUGAACAUCU